AUGGCGCCGGCCAAUUUCAAGGGGAUCUUCUCUCCCACCGAGAAGCGCAUUUGGGAGAAGGAAUCGGGAUUCGUUAGUCUGUUGAAGAACUCCUUUUCCCUUCCGACCCUCCUCGUUUUAGGCGGCCUUGGCCAGGGUAUUCUCUCACUCUUCCUUCCAUCCCGUUACGCCCUCCUCCCGCUAGUCUUCUUACUCCUACGCGCUGUGGUAUGUACCGUCCGCGAUGUUACCUCUCUUGAACGGUUCAUCGCCAACCGGGGAGUAAUCAAUGGACGCACCUCGGCCCAACUUCCGAACUUAAGCUACGACCCUCUUCGGUCCGAAAAGGCCUCUCUCUUCGGUUCAGCCCCAGCGGAGAGUAGCGUCGUAGUGCUCCACCUAGGUGCCCGUUUUAAUCACCCGCUCGGCGCUUUGGCACCGGGCAGCAAGGAGGUUGGCGAAAAGUUUAUGGCUUGCCAUAGGGAGGUCCUAAACCGCGCGAAGGAGUUUGGCUGCCUCGGUGGAACGUCGUACCGGGGCGACGAGACGGCGUCCAACAACACGCUCAUGACUGUGUACUAUUUCCGGGACUUGGAGGGGCUAAACCGCUUCGCGCACGAUCGUAUUCACCGCGAGGUGUGGGACUGGUACAACAAAGAGUGCGUCAAGAAGGGGUAUUCGCAUAUCGGCAUCUUCCACGAGGCUUUCUGCGCACCGGCGGGCGCUUACGAGACCAUUUACGUCAACAUGCAGCCCACGCUGCUAGCGGCGGGUAGUGCAGACGUCGCGAACCAGGCAUCCGGGACAGAGGAAUGGAAACUAGCAAUCAUGACAACGCCCCGUGACAACCCUGCGCCAGACUCCAACCUGAACCCACAAAAGACUACUCAGAAAGCGCGCCCCGGCAAUUCGUGA